CUCUCUCUUUCUCUCUCUCUCUGCAUAGAUGUCCGCCGGCGCAUGUGACUUACCAGAAAGUACAGAGAACGGGGAAAAGACUAUUCCCUCGCCGCAAUUACUAGAGAUUGUAUUGGAGCUGAUCGUACCGUCAGUCAGCAUCCUGUGUCUGAGUUCGGGACAGUUGCCGCUGUAGCCUUUAAAAAACACUCUGCUCUGCGUUUGUGAGCAAACUUUGGUUUUGGCAAAGAAGACUGGAUUCUACGCGGAACACCUUUGUAAAAAGAACUGGAAUAUAACGAACGAACUUUUUUUUUUUUCAAUUUUCUAUUCUUAUUAAUGAUGACGACUAGUGGUGGUGCGAACUGAAUUGAGGCACUAUGUGGCCAGUGUGACUCAAUUACACAUUCUCUGGGGAAAUUGUUCCUCCUCAUUUUUUGGAGAGUGGGACACCAGACUUUUACUAAAACCACAAUACGCAUGAUGUGUCCAAACCAGGGUCCACAUUCUGCCCAGUAAUGCAGGCUCAAAAAGGACUUUUCAACCAAUAUAUCUAGAUGCAUAACUUCCUAUGGAUCGAACAACAGAACACCAUGCGCAGGCUUAAAGAAGAGUUCCAAUGCCUCUCCGAAUUCCACAAGGGAAUAUGAGGACUUCUCCACUCUGUCUUUCUGAGAUACUAGCAGCACCAGACAACAGGACCGACCAGGCUAACGGCACGAUGCCCGUCGAAGCCAUCUACAUCGUGAUGGAGGUGAUCAUCGCAGUGACUUCGGUGAUAGGAAACGUGAUGGUUAUCUGGGCGGUGCGGAUCAACCGUUCGAUGCGAGACACCACCUUCUGUUUCAUUGUGUCUCUGGCUCUGGCGGACAUUGCGGUGGGGGCUCUGGUCAUCCCGCUGGCCAUUACCAUCAACAUCGGUUUCAAGAUGCACUUCUACAGUUGCCUGCUGGUCACGUGCAUCGUGCUGGUGCUCACGCAGAGUUCCAUCCUCGCGUUGCUGGCCAUCGCUAUCGACCGUUACCUGAGGGUGAAAAUACCCAUGAGCUACAAACAUGUGGUGACACGGCGGCGUGCAGGCACGGCGGUGGUGAUGUGUUGGAUGGUUGCCAUAGUGGUUGGCCUGACGCCCAUGCUGGGCUGGAACAACCGGCAGUGUCUCCAUGACAACGUCUCCCAGGUGAUGUGUAAGUUUGAGAAAGUCAUCAGCAUGGACUACAUGGUCUACUUCAACUUCUUCGGCUGGGUGCUGCCGCCCCUCGUCCUCAUGCUGCUAAUCUAUGCUGAGAUAUUCUACAAGAUACACCACCAGCUCAACAAGAAGGUGACGGAGAGCCACAUAGACCGCAGCCAUUACUACAGUAAGGAGCUGAAACUAGCCAAGUCAUUGGCUCUGGUCCUCUUCCUGUUUGCCAUCAGCUGGCUUCCUCUAAACAUCCUCAACUGCAUCACGCUGUUUAGCCCAAACGGUGACAAGCCCACGCUUCUCAUCUACAUCGCCAUCCUGCUCACACACGGCAACUCCGCUGUGAACCCCAUUGUCUACGCAUUCCAGAUCAAGAAGUUCCAGAAUGCGUUCCGGAAGAUCUGGAAGCAAUAUGUGCUGUGUAGGGACCCGGUAGGCAAGCUGCCCCAAAGAGGGAGUCAGAGGUGCCAGAGCAGAUUGGAGAGGAUGUUGAGGGCGAACGAUGAUAACAAUUAUGUCUGAUCUGGUGAUGAAGGUCAUAGGGGGGCACGGGUCUGUCGCAUCCUGCAAUGUGUAUGUUUUUUUGUGUGGCGUUUUAUACUUUUUAAACUUGUACACUUUGUUUGUUAGCCAUCUGUCAAUGAUGGCUUUUCAGUGGUGGGGUGUUGGACUGAUCGUGUUGAUCAUGAACAUACUCCGUACUAAAUUGACUGUUAAGGAAACGCUGCCGGCAGCGGAAUCCAAUACAGCAGAGUGUUUCUACUACAAUUGCAACUCAAACAAGAACGUAAUGGAUAUCCCAAGGGCCAAUCUCUGAUUGUCUGCGAGUGGAUUACAAACCCAAAUGUAAAUGUGGAAAACGCAGGGGAAUCAGACAGAGAAGUAUGACAGGAUAGUAGACAGUAUAAAAAUAAAAAUCCCUUACCUACCA